AUGCCUUUCAUUGCCCUCUAUCCAAUUUCAGUCAUUUCCCUUAGCUUUGUUCAUUUCCAUUUUCUUUCUGUACUUUAUUAUUUACUUUUUCUUUCAUUUUUCUAUACUUUUUCUAUUUCAUUCAUUUUUUUUUUCUAUCCCUUUGUCCUACAUAUAUCUUUCAUUCUUCUUCUUUCAAUUCACAGCCUUUUAUUUUGUUACUGCUCCCUAUUUUAUCACUUUCACUACAGCUCUCUAUUCCCUUUAUUCCAUUCUCUACCUCCUUCACUACAGCUCUCUAUUCUACCACUUUUGCUACCGAUCUCUAUUCUACCUAUUUUGCUAUUGACCCCUAUUCUACCUCUCUCACUACCGCUCCCUAUUCUACCUCUCUUGCUACUGCUCUAUAUUCUCCAUCUCUCAUUAACAAUCUCUUUUCUACCUCUCACUACUGUUCCCUAUUCUACCUCUCUCUAUUACGAUCUCGAUUCUAGCAAUCUCUCUCACCACCAUUCUCUAUUGUCCCAUUCUUGCUACCACUAUCUUACCUCUUUUGCUACCUCUUUCAUUACUGCUCUCAAUUCUCCUUCUCUUUCUACUGCUCUCUAUUCUACCUCUUUCAUUACUGCUCUCUAUUCUACCUCUUUCAUUACUGCUUUCUAUUCUAUUUCUCUCGUUACUAUUCUCUAUUCUAUCUCUUAUUUUUGUCUUCAUUAUUUGUAA